CUCGGCGCUGACGACGGCGGCGGCGGAGCUGAUGAAGCGGGUCGGUGCCCGGCGCCCGCAGCACGGACGGGGUGGCAGCGGCAGCGGCAGCGGCGACAGCAGGAGGAGGAGGAGGUGCUUCUUUCGAAGGGACGGACGGACGUGGAUUAGUGGCAGACGAACAGGCUGUCGCAGGACAGUGACAGAAGACUUCUCAAAAGACAACACUCAGGGCAAACGGAUACACACCAAGCCUCUGCCACUUGUGCUUCUCCAGGACAAUGUCAGGGCACUACACCCCCUCUGCUGGGGGUCCCUUCUCAGCUCUCACACCCAGCAUAUGGCCGCAGGAGAUCCUGGCAAAAUACACACAGAAAGAAGAGUCAGUGGACCAGCCGGAGUUCCGCUACGAUGAGUUUGGUUUCCGAGUGGAUAAGGAAGAUGGUGCAGAGCCAAACUCCAGCAAGCUUCUGGGGAUCCCACUGACCGAGGAGCCUCAGCAGAGGUUGAAGUGGCAGGCACACCUGGAGUUCACACACAACCACGAUGUGGGGGACCUCACCUGGGACAAAAUCGAGGUCACGCUGCCCCGUUCAGACAAGUUGCGCACGCUGGUCCUGGCUGGCAUCCCACACAGCAUGAGGCCACAGCUUUGGAUGCGUCUCUCUGGGGCUCUGCAGAAGAAGAGGAAUUCAGAAAUGUCCUACCGAGAUAUUGUGAAAAACAGCUCCAACGAUGAAACCAUUGCUGCCAAACAGAUCGAGAAGGACCUGCUUCGCACCAUGCCCAGCAAUGCCUGCUUCUCCAACAUGAACAGCAUCGGGGUGCCACGUCUGCGCAGGAUACUCCGGGGGUUGGCCUGGCUCUACCCGGAGAUUGGAUACUGCCAAGGCACUGGCAUGGUAGCAGCCUCCCUACUGCUCUUCCUGGAGGAGGAGGAUGCCUUCUGGAUGAUGUGUGCUAUCAUCGAGGACCUGGUACCUGCCUCGUACUUUAGCACCACACUCAUGGGGGUGCAAACAGACCAGCGUGUGCUGCGUCAGCUCAUUGUGCAGUACCUGCCACGGCUGGACAAGCUCCUGCAAGAGCAUGACAUUGAGCUGUCCCUCAUCACCCUCCACUGGUUCCUCACCUCCUUUGCUAGUGUUGUGCAUAUCAAACUGCUUCUGCGCAUCUGGGACCUCUUCUUUUACCACGGCUCCCUGGUGCUCUUCCAGGUCACUCUGGGCAUGCUCAGUAUGAAGGAAGAUGAGCUUACCCAGUCAGAGAACUCUGCAUCCAUCUUCAACACGCUGUCAGACAUCCCAUCACAGAUUGAGGACGCAGACGUGCUGCUGCGGGAGGCCAUGCGUGUUGCGGGCUCGCUGACGGAUGUAGCAGUGGAGACCCAGCGCCGCAAGCACCUGGCUUACCUCAUUGCUGACCAGGGGCAGCUGCUCAACCCCAGUGCCGCUGUCAAUAAUAUCUCCAAGAUUGUGCGGCGCAGGACCCAGCGCAGGAAAUCUGGUAUCACCUCGCUGCUGUUUGGUGACGAUGACCUGGAGGCGCUGAAGGCCAAGAACAUUAAGCAGACUGAGCUGGUGGCUGACCUGCGCGAGGCCAUCUUGCAGGUGGCGCGGCACUUCCAGUGCGUGGACCCCAAGAACUGUAGCAUUGAUCUGACUCCAGACUACAGCAUGGAGAGCCACCAGCGGGACCACGAGAAUUACGUGGCCUGUUCUCGGAACCGUCGCCGCCGCGCCAAGGCCCUGCUGGACUUCGAACGCCAUGAUGACGAUGAGCUGGGUUUCCGCAAGAAUGAUAUAAUCACAAUCAUCUCCCAGAAGGAUGAGCACUGCUGGGUUGGGGAGCUGAAUGGAUUGAGAGGUUGGUUUCCUGCAAAAUUUGUGGAGAUGUUGGAUGAACGGAGUAAAGAGUACUCCGUCGCCGGGGAUGAUUCAGUCACAGAGGGGGUGACAGACCUGGUCCGAGGGACGCUCUGUCCAGCGCUGAAGUCCAUAUUUGAGCAUGGGCUAAAGAAACCAUCACUGCUGGGAGGACCCUGCCAUCCCUGGUUAUUCAUUGAGGAGGCUGCCAGCCGGGAGGUGGAGAGGGACUUCGACUCUGUGUACUCACGCCUUGUGCUCUGCAAGACUUACAGGCUGGAUGAAGAUGGCAAAGUCCUCACUCCAGAGGAGCUGCUCUAUCGAGCGGUGCAGUCGGUGAACAUGACGCAUGACACUGCGCAUGCCCAGAUGGACGUGAAACUUCGCUCCCUCAUCUGCGUGGGACUCAAUGAGCAGGUGCUGCACUUGUGGCUGGAGGUGCUAUGCUCGAGCCUGCAGACAGUAGAGAAAUGGUUUCACCCCUGGUCCUUCCUGCGCAGUCCUGGCUGGGUGCAGAUCAAGUGUGAGCUCAGAGUCCUCUGCAAAUUUGCAUUCAGUCUGUCCCAGGACUGGGAGCUUCCUCUAAAGAGAGAGGAGAAGGAGAAGAAGCCGCUGAAGGAUGGCGUGCAGGACAUGUUGGUGAAACACCAUCUCUUCAGCUGGGACAUCGACGGGUGACCCCUCCCAUGCCUCUGGGUGGACCUUCUUGACUGCGCACAUUCAACACACGCUCCCCUCUCCCUGACCCCUGGCUGGAAAGAUGAGCCCCUCCCAUUCACUCUCAUCCCAGCUCCCUUCCUGCUUGUAGCAGUGACAAGGCCCACUUCAGGGUCUCGUGUCACUGGGGACAGACAGACUGACUGGCUGCAUGGCCACAGCAGCACAAACCACAGACGCGCAGGACAUAGUGACCAGCUGGCGUAAAUGCUCAGCGCUGAGCACUUACAAGGACUUUCUCCCUCUCCCCCUCGCCUGUGCCACUGUGCACUGGCCGAGCUGCCCGAGGAUCCCUGCCAUGGGUGCACUCUGCCUUUGCCCCGGCAUUGCCUCUCUUGGCCCGGCUCUCUCAGGGUGCAGCUUUGCCUUUCCACACUGCCUUCCACUGGGUAAGUUAUUUGCCACCCUCUUGCCUGCCGUCUCCUGGUGGGGGAGAGCUCAUACCUGGACCAUGGGCCUCUGCCUUCAGUGUCCCAUAGGCUGUCAUGUGUGGUGCAGUCUCCACAGCGUUCCCAAGUGCCACUAGUUCAGAGUGUGCAAGAGGCAGCUGCCCCUUCAGGCGUGCCUUGCUCAUGGGUGGAAGACCAGUGCUGGGCAUGUGAAGGGUGGCACAUAGGGCCUAGCGGGCAGGAAGCUGGAAACAGCAAGGAGCACUGCCAGGGAAAGAAGAGGUGGAGGUGACUGAGGGAAGGCAGCUUGUUGCUGGCAGGCCAGGGCUCAGCCUCUCCCCUCUCCUGCACUGCAGGAGCUCCCCGGGAAGCAGUCUGGCCUUAUGGGGCAGGGGAGCACCACUGGUCUCGUCUCCCCUCCCCCAUGCUGCAGUGCACCAGCGUGCAGGGUGCUCACAAGAUGUGCCUCAGAGACCAGCCUGUACCAACUCCAACUGCCUUAGGGGAUAGGCUUUGUCUCUGCCCCCAGGUCCGAGACAGGAGCUGCCUGCCCUCUAAACAGAGUGUUUCAUGCUGUCAUUUUAGCCUCUAGUUGAUUUUUACUAUUAACCAAAAAGCUGUAAAUUUAAUCUCUAGAAAUGUGUGUAUAUUUUUGGCAUCUUAGCUCAGGAAGCGGGUUCAGGACUAAGCUGGCUCAGGGAGACUGACAGGGUCUCUAACCUGUGUGCAGGAGCCUCCAGGUCAGGGGUGGAGAAUUGCUAGCGGAAGUGGUAGCUUUGGUCUAUGGAGUCCGAGUGUACAGUAAAAGCACCUGUGUGUGAGCACAACUCCUCGUGAAAUGCCACUCGCAUCCUACUCUCCUUUGUUCCGUGGGUUUGUAAAUAAACUGCAUCUUGGGAGACCACA